AUGCUCGAUCGAGGUUGGCCGAGGUUUGAUGCAGCGCCAUGGAGACGUGGAUCCUCGAUGCUUGACCUUUUCUCUGAGCGGUUCCAUGUGUUCCAGUCGAAGACGGGACUUGAUGAUGAGUCGUUGCACGUCGCGGGCUGGACAUUCAAGUAUCGUGUUCAUUUACACGUCGCGUACUCAUCCGUGGCUGCUGCUGAUGGAAAUCGUGAAAGCGGUCAACAAAUGGAGAGAAAUACGACGACGGGAAGACAGACAGAAGCGAAGUUAUACUACAUGUGUACAGCUGGAUUGCAAGAUAACGCUCACAUGGCAAUGAAUGCAGAACAAUGCGACAAACACACUGCUCAUUGA